UCAUUGCUCUCGAAGGUCUUCUUGAUCAGUAUGGGCCAGACGCAAGCCUGUAUCUGAUCCGCAUCUUCUGAGUUGAUCUCCUCCAUGCAGUUUGCGCUUCCAGAUCAUAGAUCUUUCUCUGGUAAUGAUCCUCAUUCGACUGGAAUCUCUGGCAUUCUUUCUUGUAUGCCUUUAGCAUUCCCCAAAGUUGGCGACUCUCAGAUGCUGCUGGUCGCAGUGAGUCUUAGUCUGCUCGUGGUCGUCUUCAAGUAUGCUGUGUUGUCUCUUGAGAUGUGCUAAUUGUCUUGACACAUCGGCAAAAGUCGGAGUUCUGCAAGGAGAUCAGUUCAUGAACAGGAGUAGGUGGUGGAAAACGUACCUCAGUCGUCGCGAGUCGUAAUGUGACAAUUGAGGAGGCAUGGUGCUAGUUUUAGAAGACCCGAGGUUGUUGUAAGAGAAGAGACUGCGGGCGUGACGGAUUGAAACACCAAGAGUAGUAGUGCGAUCGGAGGAAGUGUGAGCGUGUUGGAUGGCUUGAUUCACCGAACCAGCGAACUUUGAAGAAACACGAGUUGAGAUUGGAUCAGACCGAAGCUUUUGCUCUACUGACGUUUUCCGACAGACUUACAGCUGAAUCGCGA